GUGACCCUGCAGAGCCUCUACUCUGUUCUUCGGCUGGCUCUUCUGCUGCCUAUUAAGGCCUUCAGUCUGUUUGUAAUUGAAAUAGGCCUCGCCUUGGGCCUCUAGAGGCUUACAGCCAUCUCAUCCAGGCCUUGACCACGUGUAUUUAGAGGCCUAAACCAACGGUCACAGCCUUCCAAGAUGGCCGCCGUUCCCUCAGCCCGGCCUAGUAAGAGAAAGCAACAUCAGACUAGCCCAAUACCAGGGCCUAGUUCUUCCAGUUCUCAUGCCCCUUUGAGAUCAGAGGCACUACAAUCCUCUAUUUCCAAGCCCCAAAAGGCAAUUUCCAAGACUUCUGAAAAGAAAGCCCUGCAACGCCAAAAAGCUAUGGAUCGGGCUAUUGCAAGGGCAGUGAGGGAAUCCUCUGAUCUUAUACAAGAACAGCAGUCCACCACCCCACCAGUUCAGUCCUCUGUGCAGGCUUCUGGGGUUCCAUUGAGUUCUUUAUCACCGGAUGGUUCUGUAGCUUCAUCCCUGCCACGGCCUUCCACUGAUUUAUUCUGUCCUAUCUCCAUAUCUGAGGUGGAGGGUUUAUCUGCAGCCCCUCCAUUACAAGAUUCAGCAGCUGUGUCUUCCAGGGCCACAAUUCCCAAAGGGCCAGUAAGUCAUCAGGAACCUGGUCCAGUGCCUAAUGACCCUGCAGCUAUGGCAGAUAUGAUCGCAGCUGCUGUUCAGAGGGGCAUUACUGCUUCCAGGCAGACACGAACCCAUUCAUGGGUUUCGGAUUAUGCAGCAUCCCAAACUAGUCACGAUUUGGUGCAUGACUACACCACAGCUCAAGCUGAAGAUUUCCAGGUUCAUUCCCCAUCUCAGGCUUCACUAGUGGAUGAAGGGGACCUCAGGGAUCAGAACCUCUCUGAGGAUGAGGAUUUGGUCCCAGACCAACCCUCCUUUGUGGGUCUCUUUAACCCACAACUAUUUCGGUCCUUGUUACACAAGGCCAAGGUCACCACCCGGCUGGGGGUGACCCGAACUGCCCCAGACCCUACCUCGGAGGCCACAGAUCCACCCUUGGACUUGUUUUCAGUUCCUGUGGUUGAGUCAGAAGAGGUGCCUGCCCCCAAACUUUUUGUGGAGGUCGUAGAUAGACAAUGGACCACUCCUAUAGCUGGUCCUAAUCCCAAUGCCUUGGACCGCCGCUUGUAUAAUUUGGAACCUAACUUCCUUAAAUUAUUGCAGAUCCCCACAGUUGAUGCCCCAGUGGUUGCAUUAGCAGGACCAUCUGUGGUAACAGGACCUCCAGAGGAAACCCUUCGCCCGGAAGACAAGCGUGCCGAGCAAACCCUAGUUAAAAGUCAUCAGGCAGCAGCCUGGGCCGUUAGGGCCUCUUCCUCUGCCUCUUUCUUUAAUCGGGCUGCCCUCCUGUGGUUAAAGCAGUUGCGUGAACGUUUACCAGUCACUGACACUUGGUCCCAUCAGGACCUAAACAAGAUUAUAGCUGCCAUUGAAUACUCAGCCGAUGCCACCCUAAACGCUUCUCGAUUUGCUGCUAAAUCGAUUGGCUCCACAGUAUCUUCACGCCACCUUCUUUGGCUCAGGCGCUGGCAAGCUGACGCCAAGAAUAAGUGGUGGUUGGCCUCAGCCCCGUAUUCGGGGACCUCACUUUUUGGAGCUGCCUUGGAUCCCUUACUUAUAGAGACCAAGGACAAACGCAAGAUCCUCCCAAGCACGUCCCGACGUUCAGACUCUAGACCCACCCCCUAUUUUCGUCCCUUCAGGAUGGCUGAUUCUAACUUUGGAACUUCCAGAACCCAACGGUCCUUCUCCCCCAGACAGGGUAGACAGGAUAGACAGGGAGGUCAGGUUCAGAGGGGUUCCUUCAAGCGGCCCUUUCGGGGGGGAAGAGGUCGCUCAUUCAGGCGCUCACAUUGACUGCUUGUCCAUCCAUCCCAUUGGGGGCAGACUGGCUCUCUUCACCAGCCAAUGGGAGGAUUCCACCACGGACUCUUGGGUCAGGGAGACGAUCAGGUCGGGUCUCUCCCUGGAAUUCCUCUCCACCCCUCCGAGUCACUUGGUCAGGUGCCCGUUAUCUCGCGACCCGAUGAAACGGUUUCUCGUGGCAUUGGCCAUAAAACACCUUCUCUCAAUUCAGGCCAUCCAACCGGUGCCACGGGACCAGCACGGUCAGGGUUUUUACUCCCGACUGUUCAUAGUCCCAAAGUCCUUGGGGGGAUGGA